ACCCUCUCCCCUACUACUUGUACUACUUACUCCUUCUAUGUGUGGCGCCAUUUGAAUACUCUUCUUUGUUCAAAUCAUACUUCACCCUUCACUUUCCCCACCUUCUAAACUUCCCAUUUCUAGAAACAAACACAAACACACGAACAAAACAAAACUCUUCAUACCCUUUUUCAUCACCAUGGAACAAGAAACUAUCCACAACAACAACAACAAUGUUUCUUCUACAGAGUCAACUCAACAAUUAGUUUCAAACCCAUUUCCUCAACUAAUGAACAUGAACAUGAACACAAGUCUUGUCAACACUGUUGUUACUACUACUGGAACAACACCAAUGGUUCCUCCAGUAACAUCAACAGUACCAACAACAACAACAACAGUAACACCAACAGGAAACAACAGUGGUGGAGGAAGUUUAGAUUUGUUUGGUAAAAAGAAAAGAGGUAGACCAAGAAAAUAUGAUGCAGAUGGAAACCUAAAUCCAAGUUACAAGAAAGAAAAACCACCAACAUUAACUGCUCCAACAUCACCACCACCAGGAUUCACUUUGUCCACAAAUGAUUUUUCCUCAAAAAAGGGUCGUGGUAAACCAACUGGGUUUGGAAAUUACCAAAUCCUUUCUUCUUUUGGUGAAGUGUUUGCAAGCACAGCUGCUGUGGAUUUUACACCACAUGUAGUCACAGUUUAUACAGGAGAGGAUGUUGGUGGAAAGAUCUUGUCAUUUGCACUGAAGAGUCCAAGAGGAGGAAUAUGCAUUCUUUCUGCCAAUGGUGCUAUCUCUAAAGUUGCAUUACGUCAACUUGGUUCUUCUGGUGGUGACAUUUUGACUUAUGAGGGUCGAUUUGAGAUUUUAUCUUUGUCUGGAUCAUACACGGUUUCUGACAAUAGUGGCAUGAAAACUCGAGAGGGUGGAUUGAGUGUCUCACUAGCUGGUCCUGAUGGUCGAGUGAUCGGAGGCGCUGUUGCUGGUCUUCUUACAGCUGCUGGCCCCAUCCAAAUUAUAGUGGGGAGUUUCAUGACAAAUGGACAUGGUUACAACAAGACCCUUAAAAGGAAAUACCAACGCGAACAAACAGUAGUCUCUCCAACUUCAACUGGCCCAGAAACAAUGACAGCAGCAAGACCUAUCUCACAAGCUAAUACUCGUGGUGAAAACUUUAUGAUACCUAUUAUGUCUCAUCAGUUACAAGAUCAAAUCCAGAGAGAAUGUGCAAGUGUUUCAACUGAUCCUGAUGCUGCCAAUUGGAAUGGUUCUGAUGAAUUUUCAGAUCAAAGGACAUCCCCUGACAUCAAUAUUUCUUUGGCUGAUGAAUAGAGAAAGGUUAUGCAGAGGCUGACAUGGUAACUGAAUGAAACUAACAGUGGAACAAUAUCAUGACAACUAGGCUAUUUGACAUAAUGUACAGUUGUCAGAAAUUAGAAAGAAUUAUUUUUAUUAUUAUUAUUAUUAUUAUGGCCUUUGAUAUUUUUGAUCUUAUAAUUUGUGUUGAGAACUUACAAGUUUUCUCUUUGUUUUCUUCUAGAAGUUGGAUUUAGCUAGGUGGAUGGGAAUGGAUUAUUAUUAUCAAAGUUAUUUUAAGCUAUUUUGUUGGGAUUGUUUCAGUCAAA